UUCCACGUAUUGCAAACGCUCUUGAUUCCCUUUUUCCGAGGAACUGUUUUUUACCCGAAAAUUGAACACAACUCUGCCCACUGUGCCCAUCUCGCUCUGGUGUGGUUGUGUGUGCGUGAAGGAAGCAACCGGUAAAAUUGCGCGCAUUUUUCCCCCCGUAUCAAAGGAGACGCUACAUUUCUCCAUCGCAAUUCAUACGUUGCUGCCCGUGAGUGAGGAAGUGUUCAAGUUUGAGAAGGCUUUAGCGCAACAAAAAAAGCAAUUUAAUCCAAUAUGAAGAAAAUAUCGAAAUCGUCCCGUGCUGGGCUUACGUUCAGCGUUAGCCGCGUCUCUUCCACGCUGAAGAGGGGCAAGUAUGCGAACCGGAUCGGCGUCGGUUCGUCCGUGUACAUGACGGCCGUGCUCGAGUAUCUGGCGGCGGAGGUGCUGGAGCUGGCGGGUAAUGCCGCGCGGGACAAUCACAAAUCUCGCCUGACGCCGCGCCACAUCCAGCUGGCGGUGCGGAACGACGAGGAGCUGAGCAAGCUGCUGCAGGGGACGACCAUCUCGCAGGGCGGCGUCAUGCCGAACAUUCAUUCGGUGCUGCUGCCCCGCAAAACGGGUGCUAAAGCUGCCGGCAACAGCUCAUCGCAGGAGAAGCAAAGCCAGGAGUAUUGAGGAGGAGGAGGAAGAACAUUUUGUCGAGACGAAGCCAGAUGCCGGAUCUCGGAGUGUUAUUUUAUUGAUAAGGUUCUCUUUUAAAAUGUAUGUUACUCAGGAAUAAGCAUUGUAGUAUGGUCAGUGAUCAGUGAAUUGCGCGCCAUUUUGUAUGCCAUCUUCUCUAUCGCUCCACGCAUUCCUUAAACUCCAAUCGCUAUUAAGAAUUUACGAAUGUACAAACAGUCUCAAUUCGAUCGAUAUGAAUAAGUGCAACAAAUGCCCUCGAAUUAUUUACAAUGCUGCAGGGCGGUUUAUGUGUGCCAGCGAAAGCGUUUGAGCUUCAUCGAUCCGUGCUACGGCAUAAAUACACAUUGAUUCGGCAUUAUGAAGAGUGCAAAGUAAGGAGUCGAGUCAGUUUCUUAAUAAAUUUUAUAUACAAAAAAGCUCACGCAUUUCUGUGUUCGUUUGCUUCGCGUGAUUUUUUCAUGAUAAUUUAAUCUAUUUUUGAUCUCCGCGACCUGAGAACACUAAUUUCUUUAACUAGCGAGCCGUUUUAUAUGGUUAAAAGAUAAGAUAAAAGAUACAUCACUCACAGAUACAGAAAGUAAUAAAAGGGCGCAGGUAACUAAUAAUAAUUUAAAAA